AUGGCUGAUGAUACACCCCCGUCGCCUACCAGGUCUAAUGGCCCGACGAAACUCAAGACUCAAUCUAUUGGGCAUUACAAUUUGGAGAGGACUGUCGGAGAAGGCAAUUUUGCUAAAGUUCGUCUUGCAACACAUAUGCUCACUGGUGAAAAGGUCGCGGUAAAGAUAAUAGACAAGACCAAAUUAGACAAACCGACUGCUAAGAAACUGCACCGAGAGGUCAGAAUCAUGAAGCUGCUUAAUCAUCCACACAUUGUAAAGUUGUAUGAAGUUAUUGAUACGCCAAGGGAGUUGUUUCUUGUUAUGGAAUAUGUUGCUGGUGAGAAAGAAGCCCGAAAGCAUUUCCGCCAGAUCGUCUCCGCCGUCGAAUAUUGCCACAACCUCCGUGUAAUCCAUCGUGAUCUCAAAGCCGAAAACCUCCUCCUCGAUGAGAACCUCAAUGUCAAGAUUGCAGACUUUGGAUUUUCAAACCAGUUUGAUCCUAACGAGCAUUUAAACACUUGGUGUGGUAGCCCGCCGUAUGCUGCUCCGGAAUUGUUUCAAGGGAGAGAGUAUGUGGGGCCUGAAGUUGAUUGUUGGUCUUUGGGAGUUGUGCUGUUUGUGUUGGUUUGUGGGUCUUUGCCGUUUGAUGGAUCGACUUUGCCUAAAUUGAGAGCGAGGGUGCUGAAUGGGGAGUUUCAUAUUCCGUUUUUCAUGUCUACUGCAUGCGAGAAACUCAUCAAAAGACUCCUAGUAGUCGAUUCUAGCAAACGAGCAACUGUAGCACAAAUCAAGGAAGAUCCAUGGUUUUGUGAGGGCAUGGAUGAAGAACCCAGCAUAACACAAAUCCCAGCUCCCGAAGACCUAACCGCCGAUCAACAAAUGGCCGUAUUAAAAGAACUCGAAGACUUGGGUCUCGAUACUUCCGAAGUUGAAGCGUCAGUAACAUCAGGCCAAUACGAUCAUCUCUCAGCCACCUUCUUCCUAAUUGCAGACAGAGUAGCUAGAAAGGGAAUGGCCCUUCCACCAAGCAGGCCGAAAUCUCUGAAUGAAGCAACGUCACCUAUUGCCGAGUCCGCAAGGAAAGGAAGUGGGAAGGAAGAUGAUAUGCAGGUGCUACCAAUCUUGCCAAAACCAAGUAAAGCUUCAGCUAAUCGGGAUUCAUCAGUCCCGUCUUCCCAAGCUGGAGACAGCCAACAAUCAUUCAGUGACGAUGCUCGCUCAUCUAACGGUGAAAGAACACGAGCAUCAACAGAUCGUCCAACUCGAAGUCGCGAAAGUGUGAGAACCGACAACUCAUCGAACGAUGCACCUCCACCGGUCGUGAGCCGUCGUCCACCACCAUCCAGUGACAAACCAAGACCAAUGUCAGCUGUAGGAGCGCCCGCAACAACCGGCCGUAAACGUGCUGCUACAGUCACAACUCCCAUGGGAGUCAACGAGCUGAAGCGAGAAUUGCUGGAAUCCAAUAUGGCUAAAGCUGCUGCGAAGAAGGACGACAAGAAGGAUUCAGCUACUGAACGUGGUGGAUCAAGUGAUGCGGUAGCAGAAACCAGACCACGUCCAUCACUAUACGUUACUGCAAGACCGGUAUCCUAUGCUGGUGGUGCACCACCUUCUCCAACUUCGCCUACGCCGUCUCCCGUAUCACCAGCUGCAUCAGCUCCUUCCACAAGUAUAUCUCCCACAUCAUCUAGUAGCCCUACCGGCCCAACAACACCCAAACUGUCCGCCGCCGUCAUUCGAACCCGUGGCGCUCGAGCUGCCACAAUCACCAUCAACCGAAACAACAAGGGUGGAGUCGACGGACUCGUCAACUCAUCAGGACCAUUACCAAAUGUAGCACAUCUCCUCAAGCCCAACGAUAGCGCCAACGCCAUGAAUCUGUCUGGUGGACUACCCUCCAUACGUACUGAUUCUGCCACAUCAUCCUCCCAAGCACACGCACUACCAUCUAAGCUAAACACCAGUGAAAGUGCAUCAAACAACUCGCUAGCAGACCGGCCCAAGACGGGCAAGAUAAUCAAAAAGGAACCACGUACAAUUCGGUUCUCCUUCUCGGUGAAUACUACAUCGUCAAAGGAUCCAGAUACGUUGAUUAACGAUAUACUUCGGGUGCUGAGAGAAUCGGGUAUUAGAUACGAGCUACAAGCGUAUAUGGCUGUUUGUGUGGCUUCUGAUAUAGAAUUUGAAAUUGAAGUGUGUAAACUGCCGAGACUGUCACUUAAUGGUAUUAGAUUCAAACGUAUCUCUGGAGAGGCCUGGGGUUACAAGGCUGUGCUGACUGAUCUAAUUGCUAAAUUGAACCUUUAA